AUGGCGAACUACACAAUAUCCGACCUUGCCUAUACGAAAAUUGUCCUUCACUCACUCAAACAUCCACAGCAUCCGGUAAAUGGCGUCCUCUUGGGCGCGAAGGACACAAAGGGCGUGCAGGUUGUCGACACAAUACCGCUGCUGCAUCAUUGGACGAGUUUAAGUCCUAUGAUGGAGAUCGGCCUGGACUUGGCCAAUGGACACGCAGAAAGUCGCGGUCUGGCGCUGGUGGGGUACUACCAAGCGUCUGAGCGCGUCGACGAUAAUACUUUGAAGCCUGUCGGGGAACGCGUCGCCACGAAAGUCAGGGAAGGAUUCCCAGAUGCCCUCGCGGUUGUGGUCGAUGGGACAAAGCUGGGUUCAGAAACUGAUCCCGCACUCGUUCCUUAUCUACCAACGUCCGGCUCAUCCACGACGUUCCGUUCCGCACCACCCACCAUCCUUACCCUCUCUAAUUCUGCGCCCGCACUUAGUCUGCACCUAUCACGAGCGCGUGUCCCCUUCUCUGACUUUGAUGACCAUCUGGAAGACGUUCGCCUGGACUGGCUACAAAAUGAACAGGUGGAGGAGGCGUUGAAGGGUGUGAAAGUAGUGGAUGCAUGA